AUGGCCAAGACACGGAACUACACCGAGGCAGAGAGCAUCAGGAUCCUGGUGCUGCAUGCGGAGGGUCUCAGCUGCCGCCAGAUUGCUCGCAGGGUUCGUAAAUCCCCUACUGGCGUUGCAGCCUUGCUGCAGAAACUCCGUCAAACCGGUAAUGUGAGGGACAGGCGCCGCACUGGACGGCCACGGACCAACAAUGUUCAGGUGAUGGACUGGCCGCUGCAAUCACCAGACAUGAACCCAAUUGAGAACCUGUGGGGCGACCUGAAAAUAGCUGUCCGACGUUACCAGCCGACCAGCAAGGCCCAUCUGAAGGCUGUGCUCCAGGACGAGUGGCAGAGAAUAGCUCCUGAGAGGUGCCAGAAGCUGAGUGGAGUAACUCCAUUGCAAACGACUGAGUCUGAUUACACAGCUGCUGCAGAGGAUAUUUCACCAAGUCCUUCUCCAUCACCUGUGUAUGACAGACCAUUACCUACUUCAAGUGAUGAAUGGAACAUUAUGGAAACAGCCAAAAUUCCUGGCAAAGUAGGUCAACCAGUGAAAUCAGUUACAGAAACUAUUGGCCAUGAAGGAGGAUCAUUGCAAGCAGAUGGUGUGUCGCUAUAUGUACCUGAAGGUACCUUUUCUAUUCCUACUAGAGUCUGCAUGGACACGUAUUUGGACGAACGAGAGAUGGGACUGUACGAUGAAGAAGAGAGGGCUGUCAGCCCUGUUGUUCAGUUGUCUACACCACUUUCUACUGAAAAGUUCAACAAACCCGUACAGGUGUCUCUUCGACCCGAGGUAGCACUGAAAACAAGAAAGCACGAGACCGGAUGGCAAUUGAAGCUAAAGAUGAGUGAGUCUUCAACUGAAGGCAAGCCUUCCGAAUGGCACACUGCGUUCCAACUCAACACCGACACAGAAACAGUAGAGAAAGAGUCAUCAUUUAUACAUUAUGAUCCAGGCACUCAGACACUGCAUGUCAAUGCUGUUGGUUAUAUGGCGUGGCUUGGCAAGCCACAUGGGAUUCGAUCUAUGCGAGACGUACGCUAUGCUUUGUUUGGCCAGCAACUGCAAGCGCGGCAAUGCGAGUGGAAGAUUUCCGCUCAUAUCAUCCAUGGUUCAAGUCUAGUCUAUGAACAGAUAGCUGAGACUAUGAAAUCAAAGCUUUAUGAGGAGUUAACAGUUCCCAUCAAGGAUCGUAUUGGUAUAGAAGGUACAGUGCGUAUGUCAGUUGAAUGUCAUGAGCCAUGGCAAAUGGUUUUGGGAAAAGCAAUCACUUACAUUCCAACUAAACGCAUUUGGAAUACUACAAAAGAUGCUGCAUGCUAUUACGAGUUCACAUUGCAAGAUAAGAUGGGAAGUGCUGACACUUUAAAGUGUAUUGUGGAGGCACUAUUCCAGCAUGCGGAGCAGGAGGAAUUUGUUGACAAUACUGUCAAUAUGGUUGUUGCUCAUUCACUGAAUAAACGACGUUCUAAACGACGUUCUGAUUCUGAAGAAAGAGAUGUGCCAGAGCCUGUCACAGAAGAUGAUGAUAUCUCGCAGUAUGCGAAAGAAAUAAGAAAUAACAGCGACAAAUUAGGAGGAUUUUGGCGUGGGUGGGCUGACAUUCCUGUGGAUGUCAUUAGGGAUGUCAGCUUUCUGCUUACGAGCAGUGAAUGCAAACGUCUUCUGGCUAAGUCGCUUGCAAUAAAGCCUGCUCAAUUGCUUCAGUCAGAAGAUGAAGUAUUUACCACAAUAGAUUUGUGGAUUAUGGAUCAGAAAGAUAAAGCUACGUUAGAGAGUUUGUUUCAGUUUAUGCGGACAAUCAACUUGUUUGAAGCUUUGAAAGACAGACUGGACCAGCGCUUGAAAGAACAGACAGCUAAAAAAGUGGGCAUAGCUCACUUUCCACCACGCCAACUGUUUGAUGUUGUUAAUGAUCACAUAUCUAGUUACUGGCUGGAAUUAGGUGUGGAAAUGGGAUUCACCUAUGACCAAGUAAGGAGUACUGCACACAUGCACACGUAUACACACAUACUUCGUGGUCUGUACGAGAGAAAACGUCAAAGUGUUGGAGAAUACAGAGCUGUUGCUCGCUUGGUAACAGCUGUGCAGGCAAUCAAAAGAAUGGGAUUUGUGGAGGAUGCUCUACCAGGAGUGAAGGCCGCGUUAGAUGAAUCAUGCCGUUACACACCUGACUCAUCUGAAGAGGUCUCCGACCCCCCGGCACACGUUCCUAAUUUAACACCCGACCCUUUAGAAGAUAGCAGCAGUUCUUCAAACGGCAAUAGUUCGGAUGUCGGAGAAGCUCCACCAACAGUCGGACGAGGUCAUCCAGGUGUCGCAGAAGGAACUGUAUCACAACAUCUAGGCCAACAAUCUUCAGGUUUGGUUAACUGGUGCCCACACUGUACCAUACAAUGACGUGGUCGAUCAUCAAUGGAAAGUUGAAGAAACGUUUGCAGGUAGAUGAACUCGAUUUCUAGAGGGUGAUAUAGUUAAAAGACAAAUGCACGUUAUUGAUGAAAAAUAACUGUAAUUGUACACGGUAUGCAAACUAGCUGAUUUUUUGUUUCAUUGUCAAAAGCAAUGUAGCAUAAUGGUUCAUUUGCGCAAUGGUAGAAAUUGUUUCUUCUAGAUCAUUAUCUCUAUUAUUAGUAU